AUGUGGCGCUUCUGGUCUCGGUCUCGCGAUGCUGGCGAGAAGCAGGCUUCCGGCGAGAAAAGUGGAGCUUCGCUUGACCCUGAGUACAUGGUCAAAUGGGAUGUCAAUGAUCCGUUGAAUCCUCAAAAUUGGCCUGUUCCCUUCAAGUGGUGGGUGACGUUUCAGCUGGGUAUGCUUGCUUUGGCUGGGAGUCUUGGUUCAAGUAUCAUCACGCCUGCCGAUAAUAUCAUCGCCGAGUAUGUUGGUGUGAGUAGCGAGGUAGCGGUGUUAGAUGUCUCGUUAUACCUCGUUGGAUUCAUCUUUGGCCCUAUCAUCUGGGCGCCAGUUUCCGAGAUCUGGGGUCGCAGAGUGAGCAUUCUCCCCCCAGUCUUCUGCCAGGCUAUUCUUGCCAUAGGUACAGCACGAAGCACAACUGCAGCUUCUGUAUAUUGUACCCGCUUCUUCACUGGUUUCUUCGGCUCUGCCCCUAUCAGUAAUGUCAUCGCCGCACUCGGUGACAUCUGGAGCAGAGAGACACGAGGUGUAGCCGUCAGUUUGUACGCAGUUGCCGUGAAUGGUGGUCCGGCAAUAGGACCCAUCAUUGGCGCUGCGAUUAUUCUGAACCCUCGUCUUGACUGGCGUUGGUGCAGUUACAUCUUGGCUAUCUGGGUAUUUGUCACGUUCAUCAUGGCCUACUUCUUUCUACCGGAGAUGUAUCCACCGGUGCUGUUGAAGAGGAAGGCACAAUCUCUUCGAAAGGAGAGGAAUGAUUCACGAUACUUUCAUCCACAUGAGCAUAUUCAACUGGAUGUCCACUCCAUCGUGACAAAACAGCUCUCUCGGCCAAUGAAGAUGCUUUUCACUGAGCCUAUCGUAUCAUGCAUCGCGAUAUAUGCUUCUUUUGUCUACGGCGUGAUGUAUCUUACGUUGGAAGUGUUUCCUAUCGUUUUCCAGGAAAUUCGCGGGUGGACCCCUCUUAUUGGGUCUCUGCCCUUCCUAGCACUAUUGAUCGGCGUCAUUUCCUCAGUCGGCCUCAACAUCUGGAACCAAUACCGCUAUAACCGAAUCGCCAAAGCCGCCAACGGCCAGGCUGUCCCCGAAGCUCGCUUGCCGCCCAUGGCCUUUGGCGCAGUAUUCUUCGUUAUCGGUGCAUUUUGGUUCGCUUGGACGGCUGAACCUCCUCACCACUGGAUUCUACCUUGUCUUGCAGCAUUGUUUAUCGGCGUUGGUUUCAACUGCAUUUUCCAACAGUGUUUGAACUUCCUUGUUGAUGUUUACGGAAUCUAUGCUGCUAGUUCUACGGCUGCAGUUACUUUCCUUCGAAGCAUUAUGGCGGCCGGUCUGCCUUUGGCAGCUAAGCCUAUGAUCGGUGCUUUGGGCGUUGGUCCGGGUGUUUCGAUCAUCGGCGCUGUCGCUGUUGUGUUGCUGCCGAUUCCGUUUUUGUUUAUGAAAUAUGGGCCGAGGAUACGGAGAUUGUCGAAACUUGUGCCCGGGAAAGUCAAUGGGUAA